UUUUGUCCUUAUUUUUAUUCUAUUUGGAACAACUGCUUCAUAUGGAUCUGGUGAUACGGGAAUUCGUGGGCUGAGAUUAAACCAUGAACUUCCCUCUAGCGGCGGCGGCGAUUUUGGCUACCACUUUUUUAGUCAUUUUUAUUCACAACACACUUUUCCGGCGUAGCAAAAAAGUGCCUGCAGCCGGCUUCGCCUGGCCUGUAAUCGGCCAUUUCCACCUCCUCGCCUCAAAUGAGCGGCCCGCCCACAGAAUCUUGGCCGACAUGGCCGACAAAUACGGCCCAAUAUUCCGGCUGAGGCUCGGCGCCCGUGAAGUCGUGGUGGUGAGCGACUCGCGGAUCGCUAAAGAAUGCCUCACCGUCCACGACACAGCCCUCUCGGGCCGACCAAAGGCGAUUUCCUCGGAGCACUUCGGCUCCAACUACGCUAGCUUUGCGCUCGCCCCGGCCGGCCCGCUCUGGCGGGAAAUCCGCAAGGUCGUCGUACUUGAGCUGCUAUCCAGCCGCCGUUCUGACGCGCUCAGGCGCGUCAGAGAAUCGGCAUCGGAAAAAUUCGUCCACGACAUCUACCGGGCCUGGCUGACGGCUGGGAAGAAAGAUCCGUCCGAAUCCGAUGAUGUUUUUGUGAUACUUGACAUGAAGGAGUGGUACUGGAAAUUAGUGACCGGCGUAUUGUUCGGGAUACUCUUCGGGGAGAUGCACGAGGAAGAUUGGAGCGGGACGGUGGCGACGGUGAAGAAAUUCUUCAGCCUUAUGGGUGCGCAGGUUGUGGGUGAUUACCUGCCAUGGAUGAGAUGGAUGGACAUAGGAGGUUAUGAGAAGGAGAUGAAGAAGGCUGCCAAGGAGAUGGACAGUCUUAUGGAAAGGCUGCUUCAGAAACACAAGAGUGAAAAGGGGGUGAAAUGUAAGGAGGAAGAGGACUUCAUGGAUACAUUGCUUUGCCAUUUUGAUUAUGGAAAAGAAAGUGUGGAUGGUUUUGAUGCUGAUAGGCUUGUGAAAGCAACUUGCACGACAUUGUUGGGAGCAGGAACAGAGACAACUGCAAAUUCGUUAACAUGGGCCUUGUCUUUAGUAUUGAACAAUGACAAUGUGCUUGAGAAGAUCCGAGGUGAGCUUGAUAUGCAUGUUGGGAAAGAAAGGCUUGUCAACUACUCUGAUCUAAACAACAUGACUUAUCUUCAGGCUGUGAUUAAAGAAACAUUCCGACUGCAUCCUCCAGCACCCGCCUUGUUACCCCAUGAAUCCAUACAAGAUUGCGUGAUCAGUGACUACAACAUCUUGAAGGGCACGCGGUUAUUGGUAAAUGCAUCAAAGAUUCACCGUGAUCCAAAUUACUGGUCAGAUCCUGAAGCAUUUAAACCAAACAGGUUCUUGACAAAUGAGCACAAAGAAGUGGAUGUGAGAGGGAAACACUUUGAACUAAUCCCCUUUGGAAGUGGAAGGAGAGUGUGUCCUGCCAUUUCUUUUGGACUUGAAAGUGUGCAAUUGGGUUUAGCCAACGUUAUUCAUGGGUUUAAUUUGAGAAGGCCUUCAGAUGAGCCGAUUGACAUGACGGAAAACGGUGGCCUAUCCGGUGGAAAGGCAACUCCAUUGCAAGUUCUCAUCACUCCACGAUUACCUUCUCACAUCUACCUUAAUUUGAAACAUGUAACUUGAUGAAUCAAAAGUGUGUGUAUUUUUUUUUACUUCGUGGGGUCAGAGGGAGGGAGCUGGAGGAGCUUGGGGUACGUGAACAUGGCUGAAACUCCCUUUAUGGAGUUUCAAACCCGAGACCUCCCAUAUGGGAGGGUGAGUCGGCGACUAGCUUAGUUGAACCGCUUCCUCUAAAAAUGCGUGUAACUUGAUUUAUAAGUUAACUAGAAAUAAAACUUGACUUAAUAUGUAAUUAAAGCUUAUUCGUGAAUGAUAUGACGUAUAUCAUGAUGUGUAUCCAUGCAGAGGUAAGC